GAGAACAACAACCUCAACAGUGAGAGCAACAACCAACAGUGAGAACAACAACCAACAGGAGAACAACAACCCCAACAGUGAGAAUCAACAACAACCCAACAGUGAGAAUCAACCAACAGGAGAACAACACAACAGUCAGAGAACAACAACCCAAACAAUCAACCCCACAAGCAACAACCCAACAGUGAGAAUCAACCCCACAGGAGAACAACAACCAACAGUGAACAACAACCCCAACAGUGAGACAACCAACAGAGGAGACACAACCCCAACAGUGAGAAUCCCACAACAUCCAACAAGGAGAACAACAACCAACCAACAGAACAACAACCAACACAGGAGAAACAACCCCAACAGUGAGGAACAACCCCAACAGUGGAGAACAACAACCCCAACAGUGGAGAACAACAACCCCAACAGGAGAACAACAACCAACAGAAUCACCCCAACAAUCGAACAACAGGAGACAACAACAACAACAACCCCAACAGUGAGAACAACAAAUCAGGAGAACAACCACACAGUGAGCAACAACCCCAACAGUGAGAACAACAACACAGUGGAAUCAACCCCAACAGUGGAGAACAACAACCCAACAGAACAACAACCACAUGGAAUCAACAACCCCACAGUGAGCAACAACCCCAACAGAACAACAACCCCACAGGAGAACAACCCCUCAACAGGAGAGAACAACAACCCAACAGGAGAACAACAACCCAACAGUGAGAACAACAACCCCAAUCAACAGAGAGACAACCCCAACAGUGGAGAAACAACCCCAACAGGAGAACAACAACCCCAACAUGAGAGCAACAACCCCAACAGUGAGAAUCAACAAUCCCAACAUGAGAACAACAACCCCACAGUGAGCAACAACCCCAACAUGAGAACAACAACCCCAACAGUGGAGAACAACAACCAAGGAGUGAGAGCAACAACCCCAACAGUGAGAAAAGGAAUCAACAACAACCAACCCCAACAUGGAGAACAACAACCAGACAACCCCAACAGUGAGAACAGUGAGAACAACAACCUCAACAGUGGAGAACAACCCAACAGUGAGAACAACCCAACAGUGAGAACAACAACCAACAGUGAGAAUAACAACAUCCAACAGUGA